AUGGUGGAUAUUAUUUUUCAUUAUCCUUUUCUGGGUGCUAUGGGGGAUCAUUCCAAGAAGAAGCCCGGGACCGCCAUGUGCGUGGGCUGCGGGAGUCAGAUCCACGACCAGUUUAUCCUGCGGGUGUCGCCCGACCUCGAGUGGCACGCCGCCUGCCUCAAGUGCGCCGAGUGCAGCCAGUACCUGGACGAGACGUGCACGUGCUUCGUGAGAGACGGGAAGACCUACUGCAAGCGGGACUACGUCAGGCUGUUCGGCAUCAAGUGCGCUAAGUGCCAGGUGGGCUUCAGCAGCAGCGACUUGGUGAUGCGGGCGCGGGACAGCGUGUACCACAUCGAGUGCUUCCGCUGCUCAGUGUGCAGCCGCCAGCUGCUGCCUGGCGACGAGUUCUCGCUGCGGGAGCACGAGCUACUCUGCCGCGCCGAUCACGGCCUCCUGCUUGAGCGCACCGCGGCGGGCAGCCCGCGCAGCCCCGGCCCGCUCCCCGGCGCCCGAGGCCUGCAUUUGCCAGACCCGGGGGCGGGCCGGCAAUCCUCGCUGCGCCCGCACGUGCACAAGCAGACGGAGAAGACGACCCGCGUGCGCACAGUGCUCAACGAGAAGCAGCUGCACACACUGCGAACGUGCUACGCGGCCAACCCGCGGCCGGACGCGCUCAUGAAGGAGCAGCUGGUUGAGAUGACCGGUCUAAGCCCACGGGUCAUUCGCGUCUGGUUCCAGAACAAGCGCUGCAAGGACAAGAAGAAAUCCAUUCUCAUGAAGCAGCUGCAGCAGCAGCAGCACAACGACAAGACGAGCCUCCAGGGACUGACUGGGACGCCCCUGGUGGCUGGCAGCCCCAUUCACCACGAGAGCGCGGUGCAGGGCAGCGCAGUCGAGGUGCAGACAUACCAGCCCCCUUGGAAAGCGCUCAGCGAGUUCGCCCUCCAGAGUGACCUGGACCAACCCGCCUUCCAGCAGCUGGUCUCCUUCUCCGAGUCCGGCUCCCUAGGCAACUCCUCCGGCAGCGACGUGACUUCCCUGUCCUCGCAGCUCCCCGACACCCCCAACAGCAUGGUGCCGAGUCCUGUGGAGACGUGA